AUGGGGAAGGUGGAUGGGGAACUUGAUGACUUGGAGCUCCCACCAGAGCUUGACACUCCUAAGGUCUCUGCUAACGCACGUUCAUCGCUUUGUCACACCAACUCAGAAUAUGCCCUGGCAGCCAUAGCUAUCUGCGUGCUUUGUCUUCAUCUCCUGUGGUUUCACUUGCCAUUGAGCGUGGAUGGAACGAGUCUUCCAGUCCCAACGUCCGUGGCAUGCCAGCUCUUGUUUAUGAUUCUCUCAGCUAGAAGAGAAGCUCAAAUCUGGCUACAAAGCCACAACAGUGGGAAAUUCACAGAGGCUCUCCGUCUCUUCCUCUCAAUCCUCCAGACCAUCCCUCUAGUGGUAGUCGAGUCAAGAAGAGAAGUCGACGAGGUUAAGGACUGCACCUCACCUACGGCUCGCUCUGCUGAGUGCAAUGGGAGUUGCUACAAGGCAAAGAACCUCGCCACUGCUGACAAAUUCGCCAGGAGGUUGUUGGAAACAAGCCCAGUGGAGAGCCAGGCCAAGAUGGCUAGACAAGUUAUUCAAGCCGCUGAACAGGACAGAAAGACGUUUCGUGUCCUUACUGCACCGCUCGUUUUGUACCAAGCCAGGAAGGAAACAUCUGCACGGUCUGUGAUCUUGCAGUCAUUGGCGCAGACGCAUCGGUUUGCUAUGCUCUCCGUCUCAAGUCCGGUGAACAAUUCAGAUUCAGUGUCUUUGAUGAUUUUCUGUUGUCCUCUGCAUCAGUGGACGGAGGAGUAA